GAUUUUAUGUAUUCUCAGCUCUCUUUCGUCUUGUACCAGCUGUUUCCGAUAUUCAUGAGUCAUUAACAUUACCUUCUCCUGGAUCUCGAAAUGUCAAUGAAAAUAAAUUAUUUCUCGGUCACCACGUGGAUCCCGAAACCAAUUUUAAUUAUGAUAUUCCACCAGGAUAUAAAGAUGGUGUACUUAUCGAUGUUAAUAAUAUGUCUCCAAGACUCGUGUCCGAAACUCAAAAACAUGAACGUGGAUCCAAUGAAGUUAAAAUAAGACAUUCUAGUCCUUACAUUGGUGUUUGUGUAACAACUUUCUCUCUGGCGUUUUGUUGCUUCAUGGUCCAUGGUGCUAUUACGAGGCAACCAACCCACUUACUCCCGUUUUUCUUCAUUCAAGUCUUCGAUCUUAUCAUCUCUUUGAUUCACAUACUUGGAUUCAUGUCUUCAACAUCAGAUAUACGCCUAAUAAUUCACACAAAAACAGGGCCUUUUCACAUCAAAUCUACGGGUUUGGCUUUUAUCAUAUUGUCCAUCUCAUGUAUGAUGUUGGCUUUCAAAGCUUAUUGUCUUGGUAUGGUUUGGGAUUGUUAUAAAUACUUAAUGCUAAAUCGAAGAGGUAACCUACUUGAUGAUUGGUAUUCCGAUCAAUGGGGUCAUCUGUCAACUUUCUGGAGUUUACUAAGGGCUGGACGUAAUCGAAGCAACAACUCAAAUGGCAACUCUGGCUCGGCCGAUGAUCCUAAUGCAAGACCUUUUCCUGAUCCGAUUACAUACGAUCCAGCUAAUGAUCUACCAAAAUAUGAGGAUAUAUUGAAAAUUCCGGCAAAUGCUUACGCUCCUCCACCUUAUUACGGUACUAAUAUAAACAGGAGUGGCAAUGUAGCUGCAGCUGGUGAUGCUACUACCAAUACAACUAGUAAUACUGCUGCUACUACCACCACCACUACUACUACUACUACUCCUACUUUGGCUUCUGCUACUACAACUACUAAUGUGAUGUCGGCACUUACAACAACUAACGAUGAUGAUGUCCGAAUUAAUAAUUUACCACCAUAUACUCGUGCUUCUUGCUAAUCUGAUUCAUUUGUUAAUUAUAUACUCACUGAUUCUAAACAUGGAAAAAAAUAUCCAUAAGUACACGAAAUCAUGAUCAAUAACUAUUGAUUUAUUAGAAAAACUUGAUAUGUGUUUGUGCUUAUACACCUAUUUUAAUUUCAAUUUUAUACAUUACCCGUUCCUUGUUUAUUUCGUUCAUUUUCUUUUAUUCUUUAAAGAUCAUGAACACUAUAAAAAUUAUUUCUUCAUUACAUCUUCUAAUUAACUUAAUUUGGCUCAUAAGUAUAUAAGUAAUAUAAAUAUCAUAGCCUGAUUAGUGCCUUUGGCUAUAUGAGUAUUUUUACGAGUGUAAAAAUAUCAAAGAACCUGUUUGCUAAUUGCUCUGAUUAGAUUUAAUUGUAUUUAGAGGGAAAAUUCGAACCCCAGGUAGGUAGCAUACUGAAGUGUUUUUCCUAUAUUUCCAGAAUUUCCAUGUGAAAUUGACUUAACCAGUUAAAGGAAGAUCAUGUAAGGAAGCUAUUUCUUAACUGUUAAAUGAUUUAUUAUUAUUAUUAUUUUUAUAUCCGUUUUAUUUGUAUGAGUAAUGAGGAUUGAAAUCAAAUCUGAGUUACAUCAAAUUCAAACUAGCAAUUUCACCUUAAUCAAUGGGUUUUUUUUCAAGUUUUCACUUUUGAUGGUUUAACUUUUCGUAGCUAGUUUUCAAGUUUUAAUUAUUUCAACAGCUUGUAUGUAUAUUUAAGAGCAAUGAAAUUUUCAUAGUUUAUAAGUUCAUGUUGUAAAAUUCCUAAGUGUACGUAAAAUCCUUCACUUCAUGUCUGGCUACUCUCAUUUUUUAUGUUUGACACCAUAGACAUACUUUUAGUGAUAAUGUUUUUUCCCUAACCUCUUGUGACUAGUCUCCCAUCAAGAGAUUCAUUUUUUUUAUUUAGAAUAUGCAUAUGACGGUUCUGUUUUCUGAAGUCUUCUUUCUACACGAUGAAGUGUAUUCUGAUCGCCUUGAACAACAUUCCAAGCAUGACUGGUUGUGUUUCACUCCAUUUAAAUGCAGAAUGUUACUUCAGGAUCGUUUUGCAUCAUUGCCUAGAAUGAUAAUAGGGAGUGAAGUAUCUGAAUGCAUCAACCAUUCUACUUGUCUUAGAAGUCUCAUCAAUCCUUAUGGCUUGGUUGUUAUAUUCAAACACUAACCAAUACGCAACGAGAAAGCUGAUUUUCUACGCUUGACGGUUGAUUUAAUACUAACUAGCCCCGAACGAAGAGGAAUAACACAAGACUAAUGGCCACC